AUGUCUCCGUGGGUAGAGAUGGCACCGUUCUUCCCAGAGCGUCGAAACAUCAUGUUUUCCCUUAAACAGACGAAACUUAUCCAGCCACCGUCGGGCACUGAUCCGCUUCAGAGGCGGGAGGGGAGUACGACUUAUCUUUAUGUGGUUACUGCGUUUGUCUCUCUCGGUGCAUUCUUGUUUGGUUAUGAUCAGGGUGCGAUGGGAGUUAUCGUUGCGGAUCAAAGAUGGAUUGAUUUGAUGCAUCCUAAGAAUUCUUGGGUGACCGGUACUGUCGUGUCUCUCUAUGAUGUUGGAUGUUUCAUCGGAGCCAUGUCUCUUGGAUAUCUUGCGGAUCCAAUUGGUCGUGAGCGGACGCUGGCGAUUGCCUGCAUUGUCUUCAUCAUCGGCGCAAUUAUCCAGGUUACAUCUUACUCGAUCACCCAGAUUACCAUCGGCCGCGUGGUUCUAGGAUACGGAGUUGGAGCAUGUGCCGGUGGUGUCCCUCUAUACGUCGCCGAACUCUCACCACCCGCGAUCCGAGGCCGGAUCGUCGCCAUCGAACAGAUGAUCCUAUGUCUUGGAGAAUUAGUCGCUUUCUGGAUCAACUAUGGAUUCAACUUUCUCGAGACUGACGAUUGGUGGCGUAUUCCACUGGCCAUUCAGAUUGUACCAGCCAUCAUUCUGGGAGUCGGCUGUUGGUUCUGGGUACCUCCCAGUCCACGUUGGCUAGCCAGCCAGGAUCGUCAUGAUUGCGCGAAAGAAGUUCUCAUUCGACUUCACGGGUCCGAGGCCGCAGAACUUGAAAUGCAGGAGAUCAUGAGUUCCAUCGAAUUCGAGCACACGGUGAGCGAGGCCAGCUGGGGGGAUAUGUUCACUAUGCCCGUGUUGCGUGUGACUCUGCUGGGAAUGACGGUUCAAUUCUUCCAACAAAUUACGGGAACCAACUCGAUUUUGUAUUACACAAUCCAGCCAUCGCUAUUCGAGCGCGGCGGAAUCAAAGAUCCCCGCACCGCCAACCUGGCUACCGGCGGCGUGGGUAUUGUCCUCUUCGUCUUCUCCUGGAUCCCAAUCUUCUACUUCGAUCGACUUGGUCGAAAGUCCUGGCUUCAAAUCGGCACAGUCGGAAUGAUGGGAGCUAUGAUUGGCAUCACCGUAUUACAGUGGCAUGCCGAGCACCACCCAGGUGAUAACGCCAACUACACGAUCAUCAUGUUCCCGUACCUGUUCUACGUGUUUUUCAACAUCAGCUGGGGCGUGGGAUCGUGGACCUAUGCGGCCGAGAUUUUCCCCGUCUCGAUGCGAGCCAAGGGCAAUGCUCUGACGACUGCUUCGCUUUGGGCAGCGUGCUAUAUCGUGGCGCAGGCGAGCCCUCCUAUCGCUGAUGCUAUCGGCUGGGGCUUGUACAUUAUUUAUUCUGGGAUCUGUGUCGUGGCCUUUUUCUUUGUUCGCUAUGCAAUGGUUGAAACCCGCGGCCGCACGCUGGAAGAAAUGUCUCGACUGUUUGGUAUUGAGAGUCGCCUAGCGGAGCGAGUUGGCAUCAAGCCCAGUGAUUUGCACAAGGCGUCAGCUGAGGAGCACGUGGAGGACGUAGGACCUUCGAGGCAGUGA